AGUGGAGUACAAGCUCUCUGGGGGCGGUCUUCAUACUACCUACACAGCUGCUAAAAUCAUCUUCCACUGGGGUCUAUCAAUUCUCAAGGCUCAGGACAUCAGAUUGAUGGCACCUCCUAUCCUGCUGAGUUGCACAUGGUUCACUACGACAAGUCUAAAUACGCCGAUCUCGGCGCAGCUGUGACCAGCUUGCAAUGGGAUGCAAUCACCGAUCUGGUUGUGAUGAUUGAGGUUGGCGAAUCUAACCCUGCUUUCGAUUCCGUCCUGAGUCACAUCAGCCAGAUCGCCAAUUACUCCUCGGGCAACACUUCCCUGGGCCAGGGCAACCUCCCAUCGUUCCCGAUCCGUAGUUUCUUGCCAGUUGACCUGUCCAAGUUCUACCGUUACAAUGGUUCCUCGCCGGCGCCCAACUGCUAUGAGGUCGUCAUCUGGAACGUCUUUAAAGACCCAAUCUCUAUCUCCCAGGCUCAGCUUGACAUGUUCCGCACCGUGUACGGAGUCAAUCUGAACGCACAAGGCAAUUACAAAAUGGUCGACAAUUACCGCUACAUCCAACCUCUGAAUGGCCGCACAAUCUACUACAGCAGUGCAGUUACCAUCUCACCAAUGAGGGCACUGUUUAUCAUGGCACUUGCAAUUAGUUCAGCUAAAAUUCUAUAAACAUGAUUAGUUUAAAGGGCUUUAAACUAAUCACCUGUACAUACGACAUCAUUCACA